AUGCCGAUGGUAGUUGAAGAAUCAUUGCUUCUGAAGAAGAUCGAUACACGUUUGUUCAUAGCUGAUAAGAAUAAGCUAUGGCGUCCAAGAGCUGCAAGAGGUGUAUUUGGUGGUCAAGUUAUAGGACAAGCUUUAGUUGCUGCUACUCAUUCAGUUAAUACAUCAUCCUACUCUGCACAUUCACUGCAUUGUUAUUUUAUAUUACCUGGUGAUCCUAAGUCUGAUAUAAUAUACUAUGUUGAGGAUCUUAGAGAUGGUAAAUCAUUUGUAACAAGGAGUGUUGAAGGUAGACAGAAUGGUAGAGCUAUUUUCAAGAUGCUUGUAUUUUCGUCAAUACAGUAA